AUGCGGCUAAAACUAGGGAAACCGGGCGAAUGCACCUCUGCUGGCAGAGUCACGGCCCAGCUGCUCUUAUCGUUCCUCGCGGUAUCGCCAACCUUGGCAUCCGUUGGGGAAGCUUCCCACAACGAACAAGCAGUCCUCCCGCCUGGGCCGCUGCUUCCACCCAGCACUCCACAGCCCGUCCAAGACGAUCAUCUCUUUACAUUACGACACAUUUUCCAUCACGGCACGUAUCGCCACCCUCAGCUACACCGACGGAAGGAUGUCCACCACGCCGGAGACGCUGACAGCCAAGUCUGGUUGGCGGCGGAGGAUGGUUACGAGAAGGAGAAGGUCAUGCCUUUGAAGGCUCGAAGCUCGCCUAUGAAGAUCGAACGACUUGUCGACCGCCGACCCUCCGUUGUAGACCCCAUGGUCACCGAAGCUCGACAGCGCGGCUACGUAAACAUCAUGUCGCCAUCGAUGUGGACGCUCGACGAAGUCCCCGGACCGGACGUUACAAACAAGGCAACCGUUCUGAGUCUUGCACUCAUGGCUGCAAACGCAUACGUCGAAGAGGAGGGACAGGCGGACUGGGAAGAGGUCGGUGGUCCGUACAACAGGAGCGCGGACUUUGGAUGGGAAACCGACGGUUUGCGCGGACACAUCUGGGCAGAUGCGACGAACUCGACCGUUGUUAUCGGACUGAAGGGCACGUCCCCGGCCGUAUUCGACGGAGAUGGCACCACCACCAACGACAAGGUCAACGACAAUCUCUUCUUCAGCUGUUGCUGUGCUCAGCAGGGCCAGUGGACCUGGCAUCAAGUUUGCGACUGCGCCACGUCCACCUAUUCAUGCAACAACACUUGCGUCGUUCAAGCGCUCCGGGAUGAGCACCGAUACUACACUGCGGCCAAGGAGCUAUAUUCCAACGUUACCGAAAUAUUCCCUGACGCGAAUAUCUGGCUCUCUGGACACUCUCUUGGUGGUGCGGUUAGCUCCCUCCUUGGACUCACUUACGGCGUCCCUGUUGUCACUUUCGAAGCCGUACCGGAGGCGAUGGCUGCCGGAAGGCUCGGUUUGCCUGUGCCCCCAGGAGCAGAGCAGAUGGUCCACCAGGCCCGCGAGAAUACCGGUGCUUUCCACUUCGGCCACACUGCGGAUCCGAUCUACAUCGGCACAUGCAAUGGGGCUACAGCAACCUGUUCCUUUGCUGGAUACGCGAUGGAAUCCCAGUGUCACUCUGGUGUUGAGUGUGUUUACGACGUCGUUGCGGAUAAGGGCUGGCGAGUCGGCAUUGGAACGCAUAAGAUUCGGUCGGUGAUCCACGACGUGAUCAUGAAGUACGACGACGUCCCAGUGUGCAAGGCCACCCCUGAGUGCCGCGACUGCGUCAACUGGAAGAUGUACGAGAGCAAUGGCACAGAGACUACCACCACUUCGAGGUCUACGACUACAACGAUGACGCGCACUCGCACAGCCACUUGCCAGACGCCCGGUUGGUGGGGUUGUUUGGACGAGACGACCACCACCCCUGGUCCCACUACUUCGACUUCAACGUCCACGACGUCAACUUGUAAGACGCCUGGAUGGUUUGGAUGCAAUGAUAAGACGACAACGACUACUACGACCACGACUUCGACCACGACUACCACAACCUCUACGACUACUUGUAUGACACCCGGAAAGUUCUGGGGAUGUAGGGACGCCACGUCUACCACCACGGCCUCUGUUCCUGCCGCGACCACCGCCCACCCCAUCACUUCAGCACCUGCGGCGCCGAGUGCAACUCCCACUGCGGAUCCAACGAAGGCGCCCGGAGAGCCCGAGUGCCGGAAGAGGUACUGGUUUGGAUGGUGUAAGAAGUGGGAUCGUCAGUCAGACGGCUUGAGCGAGGAGAUUUGA